AUGAAGGCCAACCACGCGAUCCUCGUGCUCUCGCUGGCGGGCUCCGCCCGCGCGAGCGUCACGGUCUCGAGCCAGUUUACCAACACCCACGCCCUCUCGGACAGCGAGUGCUACGCCCCGACGGACGAAGGCGGCUGGGGCUACUGCGGCGCCCCGACCUGCCGGAACCAGUACAUCACGUGCUCGAACGCCGGCGGCGGGCCCCCGACCGUCGACGGCGUCACCGGCGCGUACCGGUCCGACUACGCGUCCGACGGCUCGGACUGCACGGAGUUCCUCGACAUGUCCGACUACGACGAGGUCACGGACUGGACCUUCAAGGGCGCGGACGGCCGCCGCACGGACGGCGUCUGCGACGGCACCUUCCUCGAGCAGGUCAUCCAGGGGCCGUCGAUCAAGUACGCCUUCUGCAACGACAAGUGGCUCAUCCUGCUCACGUCCGGCGAGGGCGGCGUCUUCGAGCCGACGCUCAACAACGUGCCGAGCCCGCCGCUCGGCGUGUCCGACGGCGUGACCUACUGCACGGGCGACCCGACGCGCACCGUCGACCGCUACUACAGCCUCCAGUACCCGCUCGACGUCGUCGACUUCGACGAGGGCGUCUGGACGAACAACGUCGACCUCUUCGACGGCACGGCGGGCAACGAGGGCAUCCCCUACCUCUACGACGACGGCCUCGGCAUCGGCACCUACGGCCUCCCCGACGGCGCGGGCGUCGGCAUCACGGUCAACGGCAUGCAGAACUGGGUCACGCAGAACAACCGCGGCGAGUGGAACCAGCCGACCUGCGAGACGUCGCCCUGCAACCUCCACGUCGGCCAGGGCGCGGGCCAGCCCCACGUCCACGGCGACCUCUUCAGCGACAGCCACCAGUGCCUGUACGGCACGUCCAACUACACGACCACGGCGUCGCACCCGCCCAUCAUCGGCUUCGGCGCCGACGGCCACCUCAUCUACGGCCGCUACCUCGGCGACGACGCGCCGGGCUUCGCGGCGCCGCUCCUCGACGAGUGCAGCGGCCACACGCACGACGAGUCGACGACCGACGAGUACGGCGUCGACCUCGGGACGACGUACCACUACCACACGCAGAUCUUCGACUACACCUGCGGCGCGGGCAACGACCGCUGCGACGACGGCGACGAGGUCGUCAUCUCGACGACGGGCCCGCUCCUCUGCUUCCGCGCGGACCUGAGCCGGCAGGAGGGGUCGAGCGCGCUGCUCUCAUUCACGACGUCCGACAGCUACCUGAGCGGCACGGAGAUGAGCUACGCGUGCUGCGACAUGACGGACUACUACGUCAUCACGGGCAACGUGUUCCAGAACAUGGACACGUUCGUCGCCGACGGGACGACGUGCACCGUCGCGGCGCAGCCCGACAACGGCGUCUACGCGUCGGAGUACUGCGAGACGGGCGACACGCUCUACAGCGGCAACGGCUGCCACGUGACCUGCGACGACGGCUACACGGCGUCGGGCAUCACGCGCUGCGUCGAGGGCGCCUUCGUCGAGUACGCGACGUGCGUCGGCGCGCCGUCGCCGGCGCCGACGACCGCGCCCAUCGCCGCGCCGACGCCCGCGCCCGUGCCCGCGCCGACGCCGGGCCCGACGACCGCGGAACCGACGCCCGCGCCCGUGCCCGCGCCGACGCCGGCGCCGACGCCGACGCCCGUGCCCGCGCCGACGCCCGCGCCCGUGCCCGCGCCGACGCCCGCGCCGACGACCGCGGAGCCGACGCCCGCGCCCGUGCCCGCGCCGACGCCCGCGCCGACGACGGCGGCGCCGACGCCCCGCCCCUCGGCCGCGCCGACGCCCGGCCCGACGCCCGCGCCCACGCCGUUGCCCGCGUCCAUCUCCGGCGACUUCACCGUCGGCGGCAUCGACCUCGCGACGGCCGAGGGCAGCGACGUGCUCAAGGACGCCGUCGUCGCCAUGGUCCAGAGCUACUACGCGGGCACGCCCGCCGUCGAGGUGACCUUCAGCGAGGGCGCGCGCCGCAAGCUUUUGGCGGACUCCGUCGUCGUCACCUACGUCGUCGAGGUCGAGUCGGCCGACGCCGCGGACGAGCUCGCGACGAGCCUCGGCGCCGCGACGGCCGACGACUGGGACGCGGCCAUCUCGCAAUCCGCGGAGGACAGCGGCUUCGAGAACAUCUUCGCGGACGCGGCCACGACGUCCGUGUCCGCGCCGGAGGUCGUCGUCGACGAAUGCGACGCGGCCGUGGAAGCGAUGAUGGCCUGCGACCCGAACGUGGCCAUCGACACGUCGGCGUCCUGCGCGGAUCUGGCCUCGGGCGCCGCGUCGUGCGCGGACUACGGCACCUACGACGAAGCGUGCGAGUCCGAGUUCGAGGCGGUCGCGUCGUGCGAGUGGACCGCCGCUUGCGGCGAGACGGUGGACUGCACCACGGCGACGGGCGGCGGCGGCGGCGGCUCGAAGAAGAGCGACGGCGACGACACGGGCAUGAUCGUCGGCAUCGUCGUCGCGCUCGCCGUCGCGCUCGGAGUCGUGCUCGUCGGCGUCUUCGCGUUCGUCCACUACCAGUCGACGAUGGACCAGUCGGCGGAGAUGGACGGCGCGCCGGCCAAGGAGAUGGUCCCCAUGAAGGCCGACGACGACGAGGCGCCCGAGGAGAGCCUCGCGGUCUCCGGCGGCGUCUAG